AUGUGCCGGCUUCUCGACCUGCCCCCGGAAAUGGUUGUCUGGACACACGCCCCACAACAUCACUAUGAUCUUGCCCUCAAUCAGUCUAUUCACAUGUAUGGCGACUUCUCAUCUGAGUUUUACAGCAAGCCAUCUAUUCCAGCAAACCCCGAACGCCGCAGAUGGUAUCUCAACAUGCUGAAACCACUGGACUGCGGGGAGGUCAUACCCGAUGGAGUUGUUUGGGAUGUAGUAUGCCGAUGGCAAGGGCUGCGUCUGCUUUUUGAUCUUUACGUUGAUACGGCAAUAAGGAAAUCUUAUGUGAAGUCAGUCUUUCCAUAUUCAACCGGUUUGGGUAAGCCAGACAGAACGGAAGAGUCGGCUAGCGAAGGGGAUUUACCGAAGCCUUCCCAGAUUCCUAGCCCAUGCGCAAAUGCAAUGAUUCCAGAGGACAGAAAGAGCGCCUAUGAACGAUUCUACAAGGCAUUGACCGCACACUGGGUUGCCAUUGAAACCCUCUGGAAAGUCAGAACACAGGUGUGGCCAAAUGCCCAACAGUUUGAUAGCGCAUUUGAGUCUGCCGUCGAAAUGUGGAGCAAUAACCCGGGGAGGCCGCUCAAAGAGAAGAUGGACAUCAUUGAGAUAGUUGACUUCAUAUGGGGCUUUCUCGGACGGAAGGCUUUCCAUGUCGCUAGCGUCCCCUCUUGGAUUGAAGGUGAAGGUGACCUGGUCAAAGAGCAAUAUCUCGACCAGAACGAAACCGAAGCCGGGAACUGGGGCUUCUUUGUACGAGGCGUUACAGUAUUCAAUUCUUGA